GAUUUUGUUACGGAAGUUUUACAAUAGCGUUGAUAACUGCAAACAGCGGCCUUCAAAAAAGUAUGUUUGAAAAACUCCUUUUUAGUUUUAUAUUUCCAUAAAUUAUUAACUUUUAUAGAAAUCCGGUGUUGACAAAGAUAUCCUGGAUGCAAUAUGGGUAGGGUGUACCGCAUUUGUAUUUUGUCUAUUGAUAAAAAAUGCUAUUUAACUUAUUGUUUCCGUUUUUAAAGAAACACUAUCUAUUGUCUCCAUUCGUAUUAAUGAUAAUGAAUCUUUUGCCGCUUAAUGUUAUUUAUUUUUAUUGAAAUAAAUAUUGAUAAUUUCCUCAAGGUUUUAUAAUCAUUCAGCGUGCAGAUGAGACUAUUUGAUAUUUCAGAACAAAUGCACAAUUACUUUUAUUUCUUGGCUGAAAUCUCGUAUUCGAAAGCCAAGUGUACACGUGAAGUGUAUAAAUAACGGUUAAUAAAGAUUUUCUAGUUGACCUUCAUCACAUAAUGAGCGUAUAACAUAAUAUGCUACUCCUACGUAAAAUGCAACUCGUCCACAAAAUCCGUAUUAACAUUAAAUUUAAUUACUACUAAAUGCAUGCGUAUACAUACAUAUAUAACAAACUCUUUUUUUCUACUGCAUAAUAACACGCUAUAUUAGAAAAACCUUUGUACGCGAUAGAUUACAAUAAAUAAACGUAAAUACAAUGAUUUGCAACUAUUGUUUGUACACUCCGUAGAUAAGUACGGUCAUAUCUCAACACAUAUAUACAUUUAAGUGUAUGUGAUAAAACUUGCUAAAAUUAGGUAUUUAAUUGAAAGUUUUUAUCAAGUAAGUAAAAAGUGAACAAUUACUGGACGGUUGGAGUUUGUGCACAAUAAAUGAAACAUAUUUGCAUUGUUAAUUCAUAGAAUAGUUAAGUUUGCGUUAUUGCUGAUAAAGAAACUUUUAUAAACAUAUUAAAUGUACAAAGUGCGAGUAAAUAUUACAUGCCCAUUUGAUAUGUAAAUUUAUAGUAAAUGACCAUUCAAAUCCAUUACCAAAAUGGAGUUUGAGUAAACGUAUGUACACCACAAUAUUUCCACUCUCAUAAACAGUAUUGUAAAAAAUUAACCAUGUCUUCGGCCGAUGAAAGUAUAUGUUUGAGUUUUUGUGAUUCUGAAGAACUCUAUAUCGAAGAAUUAAGGCAAUGGAUACUUGAAAAUCCACAUUUAAAUGCCCACAGAGACGACACAACGAUUUUAGCAUUUCUUCGAGUUGCCAAAUUUAACGUAGAAACAGCGAAAAGUAAAAUGAGAAAUUACUACAUCAUGCGAAAAGAAGUACCCGAAUGGUUUACGAAAAGAGACCCUUCUCGCCCAGAAAUUCAGGAAUUGGUAAAACUUGGCAUAUUUUUACCACUUAAAAAGUAUCAUAACAAUAAAUUGGUCGUUAUAAUAAGAACUGCAGCUCAUGACCCCAGAAGACAUGCACAGGACGAUGUCUUCAAAACAGGAAAAAUGGUAUUAGAUGUAGCCAUACGCGAGAAUUUUACAAGUGCUUCUGUGUACGGAAUUUCAGCUAUUUUCGAUAUGGCAAAUAUUUCUUUUGGCCAUUAUAGACAACUCACAACAAGCAUGAUUAAAAGAACUGUUCACGCUUGGCAAAAUUAUCCUGGAAGACCGCAACAUUUGGAAUUUGUUAACGCGCCUCUAUACAUUAACGUUGUACUGAAUAUUUUCAAAAGUUUUAUGAGCGAGAAAUUAAGGAAAAGAGUUAGAGUUCAUUUUUCAGGAAUUGAAUCAUUACAUAGGGUAAUUCCGAAAGAAAUUUUGCCUAUAGAAUAUGGCGGACGAGAAAGUACAAUUAAACAACUAGGAGAGGAGUGGGCAUCUAAAUUAAUAGAGUACAAAGACUGGUUCACAGAAGAUGAAACUCAUAAGGCCAAAUAAUAAUAGUGAAGGAAAUAAAAACUUAUUUUUUCUCAACUAUUAUUUGGAAUUGAUUCAUAAAGUAUAAAUAAAAGUAAUUCCUUUUUUA